GGGUUGAGUGAAGCUCAGAGACGGAUCAUCUGUCUUCACUGGUGUGUUGUUGUGUAUGCCGGCCGAGCAGAGUUCCACAGAGAGGGCCACCUGUGUAGGGAGUGAGCCAGGGAGUGUGUACCACAGGCAGGAUGGCGUUGAACAGAGUGUCCCUGCUCUGUCAGGACAUCACACGCCUGUGGCUCCAGCUCAAAGUGACCACAGAUGAGAUCAUGCAGCAGGAGACGAGUCCGCUGUGCGCAGCAGACAUCAGCCCUGACCUCAGGAAAGGCUUCGCCUUCCUGUCAGGUGGUCGAGGAGAGAACGGCAGCCCCAUCAUCGUCUUCCCAGAGUUCCCUACAUUCGCAGAACUGCAGGAGGAGGAGUUCCACAACGUGCUGACGUACCUGACCAGCGUUCCCAGCCUCAGCGCAUCAGGAGUUGGCUUCAUCCUGAUCAUCGACCGCAGGCAAGACAGAUGGGCAUCGGUGAAGGGAACACUACUGCGCAUCGCGGGCUCAUUCCCAGGAAAUCUGCAGCUGGUGUUGGUGUUGAGGCCCACCACCCUGUUCCAGCGCGCGCUCUCAGACGUCCUCUUUAGACUCAGCAAGGAUGAGUUUAAAAUGAAGGUGCCGGUGAUCAUGCUUAGUUCAGUGACUGAGCUGCACAGCUACAUAGACCGCUCCCAGCUGACCCAGGAGUUGGGGGGCACUCAGGAGUAUUGCCAUGAGAAGUGGAUCUCGCACCGCACCGCCAUCGAAGGCUUUGCGCUGAUGGUGAAGAAGACGGCUCAGACGCUGCAGGCGUUUGGGACAGAGCUGGCCGAGACAGAGCUGCCCAAUGAUGUCGAGGCAACGUCCACCCUGCUAAGCGCUCAUACAGAAAAGAAGGAGAUGAUGAAGGAGGAUCUAAAGAUAGCUCUGAGUCAGGGUAGCCGUCUGCUGGACAGCAUCAACGAGCCGCUGGCAUCAGAUCCAGACUACAACAUGAACCACGAUGAGUUGGAGAACUUGGCCACUGUGCAGAGGCUACUGGGGCAGCUGGAUGAGACUGAAACAGCUUUCGAUGACUUCUGGGAACGGCAUCAGACCAAGCUGGAACAGUGUCUCCAGCUGCGAUAUUUUGAGCAGAACUUCAGAGAGGUCCGAGCCCAUUUGGAUCAGGUAGCUGAUAAAUUAUCUAGCUUCUCCGAGGUGGGCAUAAGCCCCGCCCAUGGUGAGCACAUCAUGAAGGAGCUGACCACUCAUGAAGAAAGAACCUGUGAGGUGCUGGACCGGGCUUUGGCAUUGGUUGCUGAAGGAGACACACUGAUCGAGAACUCCCACUAUGCCAUAGACUCCAUCAUGCCCAAAUGCUCAGAGCUCAGGGCCGUGUGCGAGGAGGUGGAAGCUGUCCUGAGCGACAAAAAAACCCACCUGCUCAAAGCCAUGGAGCUCCACUCCACCCUAGAGAAGGCUACCAGAUGGUGCGAUGAUGGAAUUUACCUUCUAGCAUGCCAGCCUGUUGACAAGUGUCAGUCACAGGAUGGGGCAGAGGCAGCGCUGCGGGAGAUCGAGCGUUACCUGGAUACAGCCAAUCAGCACAAGCUAAUAGACUUAACUAGCAUCUGGAGGGAGUACGACUCGGUGCUGACGGCAGAUUUUCGAGAUCAGGUGGAGAAAGUCUUCCAAAAGCAGCUCUCUAUGGAUGAUAUGUUUGAGAAAAGAAGAGUUAGCCUGAAGAAGUUAGCAGCUAAGCAGACACGGCCCGUCCAACCGGUCGCCCCCCGACCCGAAGCCAUCAUCAAAUCACCCAUGUCGUCGCCCGCACAUAAAGAGGGGACUUUAUCAUCUGAUAUUAUCAACAGCCACAAAGGGGAUAAACUUCUGCAUAAUGGAAGGUGUCUCUCAGAAGAGGAGGAGAGCCUAGCUGUUCUUAGGAGGCAUGUGAUGAAUGAGCUGUUGGAGACGGAGAGAGCUUAUGUAGAGGAGCUGUUGUGUGUACUGCAGGGUUAUGCUGAUGAGAUGGACAACCCCAGCAUGGCACACCUCAUCCCUGUCACACUACAGAACAAGAAGGACGUUCUGUUCGGCAACAUGGCCGAGAUCUACCACUUCCACAACAAAACAUUCCUCCGCGAGCUAGAGGCGUACACAGACUGCCCUGAACUUGUGGGCCGGUGCUUUUUAGAAAGGAUGAAAGACCUGCAGAUUUACGAGAAGUACUGUCAAAAUAAGCCACGCUCCGAGUCGCUAUGGCGACAGUUCUCCGACUGCGCCUUUUUUCAGGAGUGUCAGAAGAAACUAGAACACAAGCUGGGCUUGGAUUCGUACCUGUUGAAACCUGUACAGCGCAUCACCAAAUACCAGCUCCUCCUCAAGGAGUUAUUAAAGUACAGUAAAGGCUGCGAAGGCUCAGAGGACCUGCAGGAGGCGCUUUCGUCCAUCCUCGGCAUCCUCAAAGCCGUCAACGACUCCAUGCACCUUAUCGCCAUUACAGGAUACGAGGGGAAUCUAAAUGAGCUGGGCAAGCUUAUGAUGCAGGGCUCCUUUAGCGUGUGGACUGAGCACAAGAAAGGUCACGCCAAGGUCAAGGACCUGGCACGCUUCAAGCCGAUGCAGCGGCACCUGUUCCUGCACGAGAAAGCGCUGCUAUUCUGUAAGAGACGCGAGGAGAACGGCGAGGGUUACGAGAAGGCACCUUCUUACAGCUUCAAACACUUCCUUAAUAUGAGUGUUGUGGGCAUCACAGAGAAUGUAAAAGGAGACAGUAAGAAGUUUGAGAUCUGGUGCAACUCACGAGAAGAAGUCUACAUCGUCCAGGCACCAACAGCAGAGAUAAAAAUGGCAUGGGUGAACGAGAUCCGGAAAGUCCUGACCGGACAGCUAAAAGCCUGCAGAGAAGCAAUUCAGCAGAAGACGUCCGAGCAGCUUUCUCCAGUACCCAACUCCAACAAUGGCGUGAUCAGCCUGAGCCCCUUUAAAACCAGCCAGAAGAGUCAGAAGAAAGGAGAGUCUAUACUCCCUGAGCUCAGCUUGGCGCCUGCAAUAAGAAACUCUGACAAGGUCAAAGAGGACACAGUAACCAGUCCAACCACUGACAGGGCCACGGUGGCUAAAAAGCGUUUUACACUGCAGGGCUUCAGCAACCUCAAGAGUCAGAAAGCAGAGUUGCUAACAACCGCUGGUGCUAAAAGCCUUACAUUACCGAUGGUUACUACGUUGUGUUCGCCAGGAUAUCCCCCUAGUCCUGACCACAAAACUAAGCGGCAUGAGAUUAAGAGUGAUCCCACGCCGUUUGGCUUUAAAGGGUUCAGUAAGGUCUCUCUCUCCAUGGACGCGUCGGAAGAGAACGAUGGGUACUCCAGUGCAGAGGACCCCUUAAACUCUGACCCUGAGGAUGAAGGGAAGAAACUAUCUCCUGGCAAGUACAUUGUGGUAGGCGACUACGAUAAGGGAACCCAGGACCUGACAGUAAAGAGUGGGGACAUGGUGCAGCUGGUCCGAGAGAGCAAUGACGGCCAGUGGUUUGUGCGUAACCUGAAUAACAGUAAAGAGGGCUGGCUGCCUGCUGCUUACCUGCUCACACUGAUCGGGGUGUCCAAGUCCUCACAGUCUCUCACCAGCUCAGAAGGCAGUGGUUCAGGCAACCUAAGCACGUCAUCCAGCUGCAGCGAGACCUACACCAGCUUCUCCGACAUCAAACCUUGAGGCCCUGAGGUGUCUCCACCCCGCCUCUAUAGCACCGCCUGAUGGCAGCUCGAACACACUGCACUUUCUGCUGAGCCACCUCCACCUCCUCCUCCUCCACCUACUUCUCUGCUUCCAUGCACUGUAUUUAUGACCAGUCACAGCGAUUUAGCGCACAGAUUCACCCUGACCUAUUUGUUUUCCUGCUUGUGUUAGAAAGAGAAACAAAAAGAAGCUGCACUUCUUCCCAAAAAUAAGCUAUUUAUAUAUCUGUUAGUGCAAUAGUCUUCGAUUACAAAAGCAGCACACUUUAUCCACUGAACUAAAGCUGUGACCUUUAGUCUUGUACUGUGUGUGUGUGUCGAAGCCAGUUUGGAAUAUUUUCAGGAACGGAUUUUUUUUUUUUUUCUACCUUGCCAACAUUGUAGGACACUUGAACAGAGCAUUACGUGGCGUGGAUACAGUUGGAGUCGUGUCCAGUUUCCUAACUGUGAAAUGUCCUGUCUUAUUUGCUGUAUGUAUUAAUCAGAAACAGCUGUAUAUUUUAGAUUAUUUCCUGUAUAAUAUUUGUACAUAUAUUACAAUUUUUUUUUCCAUAAAAUUGCAGUAUAUAUUGUAUAUUAAACGUUCAUGUACGGUGUCAUCGUCUCCGAAGCUUGUGGUCUGCACUAUUUUAAUAUGUUACGGGCAUUACAUUACUUAUUUUUUUAUUUAUUUUUAUUUUUUACAAAUUGUCUCCCAAACAAAAUUUAUAUCAAAGUCAUAACACCUUUUCAAACAGCAGUAUCUGAAUAUUUCUUCGUCACACUAUUUUAUCACAAAUCUAUUAUGCAGGUUUUUACGCGAGGUGUGAAUGACAGGCGUUUCCCAUAGAUUUCGCCCCAAUGUUGAUCCUAUUCUCCAGUACAUCUAUACAUGAACACUGCACAUAUCAUCUUUUACACCUUGAACGAAUUCAGUCUGCUGUCUCAUGUGGCACAUUGCCCUUGUAUUUCUCUAUUUUCAUAUUUGUAAUAAAGGUAUGUGUCUGCUAUGUAUGUACACGUGUAAAGUGUAAAUAUGUAUUUAAGAGUAUGUAUGAAUUAAAAGAGAUUAAGCUUGAAUAAAAUUCAAUGAAACAUU